AAAUGCAUUCCUACUUUGUAUUUCUACUCAGUAUUUGCAAUAUUUCACUAUUUGUAUUGCAGAACUGAAAGAUUACCAAUACAAGGUCAUCUGGAACGUCUUCUGUCUCCUGAACAGUAAACUGCAACCGUGAACAUGGUCCUAGAAAAUAAUGCCAUAACAUUACAACAAAUACAAAGCAGAGUAAUAGAAAACAAUAAGAUAUUUCAACAUACUGAUAGGGUAAGCUUCACAACACUGCACUGUGUCUUGCUCAGAAAUAAUAUGAGGAUGAAGCAGGUCUACAGGGUGCCAUUUGAACGCAAUUCAGAAAGAGUUAACAAGAAUUGCAAUAUAACUAUGUGCAAGUAAGUCCUAUUCAGUCCCACAACUAGUGCAUACUCUCAACACUGUAUAAAUUAUACAUAUUUCAGUAUUGUAAUCAUAAUGAUUGUGCUUCACAGUAGUGACCACUCCAUGUCUAUUUCUGAUAUUGUCAUGUGUAUUUCACAGAGUCCUUGAGUUAGAGGUGGCUGCAGAGGAGCACCAGUUCAUCUUCAUUGAUGAAGUUGGAAUCAACCUCACAAAAAGACGAAGGAGGGGAAGGAAUAUCAUCGGCCAGCGUUCCAUUGUUGAAGUCCUUGGCCAGCGCGAAGGAAAAAUCACAAUGUGUGCAACGAUUACCCACCACAGCGUCAUCCCUCACCAUGCUACCCUUGGCCCCUACAACACUACCCAUCUGAUCACAUUCCUGGACACCCUACACAACACACUCAUUCCACCAGAUCAGGCAGACGGCCCAGAGCAGCUCAAAUACGUUGUCAUUUGGGACAACGUAAGUUUUCACAGGGCUGCUCUGGUUCAGAACUGCAAAUAGUCUCUCUACUUUUAAAACUCAACUGGAGACGCACUUGUUCACCUUAGCUUUUGAAGGAGUAUGAUACUUGUAUUGGUUAUAUAUUUGUUUUUAUUUUCAUUUAUGUGUUACAUGUCUUUUGUUGCUGCUGUUUGUUGUGUAUGACUUGCUUUUAUUGCUACUGCUUCAUUAUUGUAAAGCACUUUGGUAGGCCACUGGCUGUUUAAAUGUGUUUAAAUUAAAUGUGCUAUACAAAUAAAAUUGACAUUGAAAUAGCUGGUUCACUGCCCACCCAUGUUUUUUAGUUAUUUAUCUCCCUCCAUUUUCUCCAUUCCUCCUGGAAAGUGAAAGUGUAUGACCAAAAUCCACAAAUGCAUAUACCCAUUCUCCAAGCUAUGGAAGACACGUGGCGAUAUAGCAGCUGAUGCUUUUCAUGGCUGGAUUCGCCAGGCUAGGUGAUAUUUCCCCCGCUGCUUGGCCAGCAGAAACAUUGCUUGUGAUGUGGAUGAAGUGCUGUGGCCAGACCAAAACAGAAGAGAGGAUGCAGCAUAGUUUUUUUUUUUUUCACUGUAACUGUAUACAGUAAAUUCUUCUGUUGUUUUGUAUGUAGACCACAAAUUUUACCUCUUGCAAGUAUCCUUAGUGUAGGUCACAUGCAGUUACACAUGAAAUUACAGGGUUAACAUAAGUUUCAUGCACUGAAGAAAAUGCUAAUUAACUCAUAAUUCAGAAUAUGAGGACUUGAUGUGCCAUGAACAAUUCGAUUCAAAGGUGGAUUUGAAAACAGGUUUAUGAAGUUGCAAAAACCACCAAACUGAUUCCAAAGGUCUGUGUAAAAAUCAGAAUACUUUAGUGUCACGCCCACACUAAACAAAAUAAUGCCACAAUAAUGACAGUUUCAUGUUCUCUCAGUUAAACACUCUUCUCUUAACAAAGUGGUCCCUCUCAUGUCUUAGUGCCACAAAUUUUUAUCACGGUGUGCAGAGGUUUGGUUUUCAACAGCUACUAAUGUUUCAUUCCUGUCUCCAAAAACGGUUGAAUUAAAAUAACAACUCGUAAUAUUUUCGUUUUCAGUGGCGGUAGAGAUCAGGAAGAAUACAUUUAGAAGGUUAGCAGCGGACCAAAACACUGCCAUCUUUGUUAUAGACCGUUGCCAUGGAUCUUCUUCUCUGACUUCACUAUCUGCCUUUUUUUGACAAUUUACCGCCCCCUUUGUCCAUAUAGGGAAUAACUCCAGGUAAAGAUAUUUUCUCCCCUGACGGUAAGGUCCACUUGAGCAAUGCAAGACGCUACUGCGAAUAAAAAUACUAAAGUAUUUCAUAAUUGAUUAACCUGAGCUUUAGGCCCCUGUUCCUUGAAGUCUCACUAUUUCUCUGUGUUUGUGUAGUAUUGCACAUGCCUACCACAGAAAAUGUUACUAACUUUUACUCUUUUUGUACCGAUUCCUGCUGAUGACACACGUAUAUUCAGCCUACCCUUUCUUCAGGAUUUCUGGCUGCAGUGUUCUUUUUAUCCACUGGGUGGCAGUGUAGGAUAACGGAAUACAAACAACAGUAAAUUCAUAGUGUAGUUUUUAUUGUAGUCUUUUUUUAAACACUGUAAAAAGGAUAGGGUAGGCCUCUUUGCCGUUACCUAAGCAUGCAACAGGAUUUUUAACAUUUACCCUUACAGUUUGUCUCGAUUUCUAAGACACAUUUCUCGAAAGUUGCUAUUCUUUUCUCUGAACAGUGAACACAAAACCCAAUUUUCAAGCUACAUUCACAAAACCUCAGACUUCUCUUGCAAAACCAAACUUUUACCUCAAAACAGUUCAAUCUGUGCUCAAAAUGUGCCAAACAAAAUUAAAAACACUACUGAGCAGUCACUAAAGACUGCAUAGAAAAAUAGAAAACACAAUGCUCGGGAAAUGAAGCUGUAGAAAAAGAUAUUUAUUGUUCACUAUAGGCUGAAUGCAUGUUCCAAAACAAGAAACCUGUGCAUUUAGCACUUGAACAUAGUUAAUUAAAAAAAAAAAGUACAAAACCCAGAAAUCUUGUGCAUUCAGCACCUGUAUAUAGUAAGCCUAUGUAAAAAUAAAAUACAAAAUAUAUACAAAUGAGAGGUGCAUUACCCAGCCACAGCAUCUUUCUCUGCUCUGGGUCAGGCCACAGGACUUCAUCCACAUCUCAGACCACAAUUUGUCUGGCCAGGCAACGGGGGAAAAAGCCCUUGGCAUGCCGUAUCCAGGCUUGGCAUAACUCCACACCUAUGUCACAACAGGCAAGUUCCAUGGCUUGCAGGAGAUUUACCCUGGUGUAAGGAUGGCAUUCAUAUACCUUCCACCGCCAUGAGGAGAAGAACUCUUCAAUGGGGUUCAGGAAAGGAGAGAAUGGUGGAAGGAAAAGAUUGAUAAAACCUCGGUUCAUAUUGAACCACUCUAACCUGGAGGGCUCUGUGAAAACUCACAUUGUCCCAAACAACAACAUAGAUGGGAUGCUCAUCCUGCUGCCCUAACAGAGCAUCUUGCAUGUUGUUGAGGAAAAUGAGUGGCUGGUGAGUGUUGUAGGGCCCCAGGUUGGGCGCGAUGGUGGACAACCCCAUGAUUGCCGAUAGCAGCACACAAUGUGACAAUGCCAUCACGCUGCCCAGGGACACCAACAAGUUCUCAGCUCUCUCCCCAGGAAGCUCCACAAACAUUCACACCUGGAACCACAUGACCCAGGUGGCAUGAGUCAUGUGGUCACAUGACAGGAGUCGCUAACGACCCUUUCAGGUUAACGACUUGGGGGGGGACACACCCAGAGAUGGGUUUCUACGACCCAUUCUUUUCAGCUCCACCCAGUCGUUAUCUGUUCCCCCUUCUCCAGCAAGAUAAAUAUCUGCUCCUGACACUAGCAACAUUUAGAACUGAAGAAGCUUCUUGGAUAAGAGGCGAAACGUCUUCUCAACUCUACACAGUCCAGUUGCCUGGUUUAAGUCUUCAAGAUCCUUUACAGCUGUUCUCAUGCGCAGUCUGUGGCGCUUGAGAACACAAUCAACAGUUGAGAACCUGACACUGUUGAUACCCUCAAAAUUUACAUGGUCCUCAAUAAUCUUGUGCUGAAUUUCACAUAGUUUAAUACAGUAGUUUUCACAGACCAUAUCAACAAUAAGGGUCCCUUGGUGUGGGGAGAACAUACCUCUCCUCCCACCCCUGUAUGGCAGUCUUUCAAUUCUACAAAAAGAGAACAUGCAGUGUGGAAUACUAGGCCUACAAAUGGUUAGCCUAAACCUCCAUUACAAUACUACAGUACAUUGGCACAGUGAUGUACUGAAACAUAUCUACAGUAUACUGUGGUACAGUAUAUAGUGUACCCAUACAAAAUUUGCAGUUAACAUUUACAUUCUAUAAUGUCCAAAACGGUAGUUACCUGUUCUCUUCUCUAAGUCUUCGGAUUAUGGUGGACACAGGGAAUCUACUGAUGUUUGGUUGCACCCUUUGUCUGGCCUCCCUCAUGCUCAUACCACAGACAAGAACAUGGUCAAUCACAGUAGCUCUGAUUUCAUCAGAUAUUACUGUUCUUUGUCUUAGCUGACCACCUCAACCUCUUCAACCACCUCUCGCACAAACAUCCCCCUCUCAGAUUUCUAUCCAUUGUAGUGCCUCACAAAGCAGUGCUCUCUGAACUGGCUUAUAUAUGCUCCCUCACAUCAUUAGCCAUAAGUGUGGUCAGUUUUGAUUUGCUGUGUUCAACGAGUGACACCUGUGCUUUACUUGUGUUUGACUUUUGCCACCUUUGCUCACCAUUAUGCAACACAGAUGCAUCACAAUGAAAAUGUGUCAGCAAGUUGUGUCUAAACAGGUGAUAAGUGCUUAUGGUUUUGCCAAAAGAGGGACUGAUUGAAUCAGUGGGUUCAGGCAAUACAGCAUUUAGUUCAGACAAUAGGGUUAAGUGUUUCAGCAAUUGAGAAAAACUGUACUUUUCAGGUAUCGGUACUAGUAUUGUGUUAAAUCAGAAAUAUCUAUAGUUAGUCUGUGUAGUUUUAAUUUACAGAAUAAAAACUAUGUUGUUGUACAACAGACUUAAAAAAUGAGACUAAAAUAGAAAACUCCAGCAUUCAACAGGGAAACUGUUCACUAAAGAGAGAAACUGGUUUGUUUCUCAUAGACUAAUCACUCCUGUCGCCCCCUGCUGAUCAUUAGGAAGAAUGCAGGAGUGAAGCACUUAAUGUUCGUUUUACUUUCAACACUUAGCUUUUUUUUUUCUUUUUCCUUUUUUUUUUUUAACUCUGAUAUGUUGACCUUUGACCCCCUCUUGUCUCAGGUGGUUUCUCAUUUUCUGUUACUCACUUUCAUUCCCUGAACAAUCUCUCUCCCCUCGUGCUCAUUAAUUAAUUCUCAGUGGUCAUUAAGGUGUCGUGGGCCAAGCUGCUGAUGAAUAUAUUUAACCUGAGUCUCAGUGGAUGGCAUCACUGUCAGGGAGGAGGGACACCUGCACUGAGUAUGGUUAUGGCCAAUAUGUGUGUGUGUGUGUUUUUCCUUCAUAAUGUUUUUGUGCACGCUUAGACCUAGUGUGGUGUUCGAGUGUGGGGGCAUGGUCAUUGAACGAAGAACACACGGGUUAUCACAAGGUCAACAUCCCACUCGCUUAGGGUAGGCCUAUAUGUGUGUGUGUGUGUGUGCUUGAUACUUUCUGUGUGCGUGUGUGUGUGUGUGUGUGUGUGUGUGUGUGUGUGUGUGUGUGUGUGUGUGUGUGUGUGUGUGUGUGUGGCAGUGAGAGGAAGGAAGUCUAAUUAGAGCAUUAAUUAAGAGGCUAAUGGUUUAUUGAAUAAAUCCUUCGGUCAUUAACAGAGCACACUGCCUCCUCCUCUCUCUCCUCCUCCUCCUCCCUCUGCUGUGGUAUCUCUCUGGCGACACUGAUGUAACUUUGGACUAACAGACCAGGUGCUCACUUUCAGGCAGGGCUGGAUCUGGAGGUCUUACGGCCGAAGGACAGGAUUUGAUGUUCCAUCCCCAAAUCUAGCACAUGAUUAUGGAGAGUACAGUUAUAUCAGAACUCUUAAGGAUAGACAUUUAGUUGUGCAUGACUUUAUAGUUUAAUAAUGCAGGCCCUGUUGCAUCAAAAAAAUCCACAAUACGUGUUUUAUAUUGAUUUGAUUUGAUUACAAAGAACCUUCCUGGAGCGGUAAACUUACCCUGAUCAAGAUCUUGGCCUCCCUGUGAUCAAAGAAACAUGAUUGGUGGUAAUCAUUGAUGUCUCAAAUAUAUGCUCUACCCGUGGAAAACUAUGUGGUCUUUCAUUGAAACCUAUAUCUCUGAAGAUACAUUACCCUGUUUGCUGUAUGUCAGGUUUGAUUCUCAAACAACAUUAAUCCACUGAAAUGAGGAGUCACACUUCCACUCUGCCUCUCAUGUCUGCACUUCCCUGAUGUUCAUCAGUAGUAUAUUUUAUAAAUCCAUCCAAUCAACUCAACUUACAUUUUAAAUAUUUACAAGACCUCCAUAGUAAGGCAGGGAGGCAGAGGAGUCACCUUGCCCAGAAGGGGGAUACAGGGGUACACUCCAGGAGGUAGAUCCUAAGGGGACUGAACAGUGAGCGCCUUGGUGGGCUGUGGUCCAUGUGGGACCAGGUUUACCUCAGCCUGAAAAAAUAUCAUGUAGCCACCACCCUGUGGGCCCACCACCUACAGGAAUGAGCAUGUGGUCUGGUGUGUUGUAGGCAUUGAUCCGAUUUGAACACUAGAUGACCUGCUGGGUCGAUGAAGCAUGUUAAUGGUAUGUUAACAUAUCUUAAUGAUGGUUUUAAAACAAGUUUUGAACUGGCUUUUUAAUGUUUUUUAUUUCUUCUUUAAGAAUUAGCAUAUAGGAUAUAAAAUAUUUUUCCUAUAGAUGACUCAGCUGAAUUUAGACUUUUGCAUUGGCUCAUCUGUUCAACACUGUAUAAACAGUCUAUUUACCAUUUAAAGGCAAAUCUUCAAAUUUAAUACCUUUAAUUUUCAGCAAAUUUGGACAACUUGUGGACGGAUUUUUCCAGAUUUGAACAUUUUAAAACCUUUUCAAUAUCCUUGGGGACUCUGUGAAUGAACGAUUAUCAUACCAAUAAAACUUCUCCAUAUUACAUAUGUGGCUGAUGAAAACACUGAGUGGCUGGUAACUUUAGAGAGAUAAUGGUCACAGUGGCUGAAGAGUAAAAAAGCUCAAGUCAAGUCCUGGUUGUUAAGCUGGAUUGAUUGAUUGAAUGUGUGAUGAGCUGCAAACACCAUUUAACAUAAAAAAUGAACACAUUAAGUUGAAUAAGUCCAUAUCUCUGUGGCGCACUCAUGUGACAGCACUGACCAAUCAGCAGUCUGUAUUUGCAACUGUCAAAAUAUCUGAUCUGGAAUGAGGGAGGAGACAAACUCAUGUGUUUUAUGAGUUAAUGUCUGUGACUGCCUUACAACUCAUUCUCUUCAAACAUCCUCCUGGCAGGAAAUAAACGAUGAAUCUCCUUCAUGAAAGCAAAAGUAGAAAAGUGUUAUUUUAACAGUGAUACAAACACUCUGUCUAUGAAGGAGUAACUUGAUCAUCUCCACUCUUCUUGAACUUGGACAAAUAAAACUGCACCCUGAUAACUUCUCAACCAGACAAACCAGGAACCAGUCUUUAUCUCUGCAGACACACACACUGACCGAUGAGUACUUUCACUUUGAGAAAUAAGAGAGACGACGUCCACAGAGAGACGACAGCUAAAUACUGGAAUACUGCAACUUUAACCAAGUACUGACUGCAGACUGAACGGAGCUUCAGAAAAGACAGGAGUCAAAGUGAAAGUAAGUUCCAGUAAACUCUGUGGAGGAGGGAGUGGAGCCUCACCAGUCGGAGCUGUUUGAACUUUCUGCCUGUCCAGAGUUUAGCUUCACUCAGAGGAAAAUGGCGUCUUGUUUAGAAGAGGAUCUGUGCUGCUCUAUCUGCCAUGACAUCUUCAAAGAUCCUGUGGUUCUCUCAUGUAGCCACAGCUUCUGUAAAGACUGUCUGCAGAGCUGGUGGACAGAGAAACAGGCCCAGGACUGUCCAGUCUGUAAGAGAAGAUCUUCAAGAUCUAAACCUCCUUGUAACUUGGUGUUAAAGAACCUGUGUGAGACCUUCUUACUGCAGAGAGAUCAGAGAGCUUCAUCAGACUCUGAGGCUCUCUGCAGUCUGCACUCUGAGAAACUCAGACUCUUCUGUAGGGAUCAUCAGCAGCCAGCAUGUCUCGUCUGCAGAGACUCUAAAAUACACACCAACCACACAUUCAGACCCAUGGAUGAAGCUGCUCCAGAUCUCAGAGACCAGCUCCAGAAAAACCUGAAACCUUUACAGAAGAAACUGGAGAGUCUCACUAAAAUCAAGAAGAACUGGGAUGAAACAGGAAACCACAUCAAGGCCCAGGCUGCAAACACAGAGAGGCAGAUAAAGCAGCAGUUUAAGAAGCUUCACCAGUUUCUAGAGGAGGAAGAGGAGGCCAGAAUCUGUGCUCUGAGGGAGGAAGAGGAGCAGAAGAGUCAGAGGAUGAAGGAGCAGAUGGAGGCUGUGAGCAGAGAGAUAGCAGCUCUUUCAGACACAGUCAGAGCCACAGAGGAGGAGCUGAGAGCUGCAGACGUCUCAUUCCUGACAAACUACAAGGCUGCAGUGGAAAGAGUCCAGCAGCGCCCCCUGCUGGAGGAUCCACAGCUGCCCUCAGGAGCUCUGAUAGAUGUGGCCAAACACCUGGGCAACCUGGGCUUCAACAUCUGGAACAAGAUGAAGGACAUGGUCUCCUACAGUCCUGUGAUCCUGGACCCAAACACUGCUGGUCCAGAACUCAUCCUGUCUGAAGAUCUGACCAGUGUGAGAGAAGGAGAGAAACAGCAGCUCCCUGAUAAUCCAGAGAGAUUUUACUGCUCUGUCCUGGGCUCUGAGGGCUUCAACUCAGGGACUCACAGCUGGGAUGUUGAGGUUGGGGAGAAUACAGACUGGGAAAUAGGUGUGUUUGAGGAAUCUGCAGACAGGAAGAGAAACAUUGACUCUGGAUUAUGGAGAAUAGAGUUUUGGAAUAAUAACUACACAGCAUUUACUCCAUCAGGUGAAGAAGUUGGUCUGUCAGUGAGAGGAUAUCCUCAGAGGAUUAGAGUCCAUCUGGACUGGGACAGAGGAAAGCUGUCAUUCUCUGAUCCUGACACUAACACACACCUUCACACCUUCACACACACUUUCACUGACAAACUGUUUCCAUACUUUUUUACUAAUGAGUCAACUCGUCUGAAGAUAUUACCAAUGAAGGUCUCUGUAUCAGUGAAACAGGAAAGGUAGAGAUGAUGAUGAUGAUGAUGGUAAAGAAGAAGAUGAUGAUGUUGAAAAUGAUGAAGAUGGUGAUGAUGACGAUAUAAAGAUGAUGAUGAUGAUGAUGAUGAUGAUGAUGAUGAUGAUGAUGAUGAUUUUAAAGAUGAUGAUGGUGAUGAUGACUUAUAAAGAAAAAAAUUAAGAAAAACAUUUCCAUAUCUCAGGUUCCUCUUGCCCCCCCACCCACUGAAGUCCUUGGUAGUCAGUCUCAGUUUUUCCCACCACUUUGACACCCCUGCUGUUACAGCAUUCUUGGAUUGUACUUGGAUUGUAACAGUGACAUAAAUGCAUAUUUCACCUGUUUGUUGUCACCGAGUGUUGUGAUGGACGAUAAAAUCAGAUAGAUGUUAUAACACAGUUCAUACUAGAUUCUUUCCUCAUCCAUGGGGUUUUAUUAAUGAUGCACCACAAAAAUUGCUGUGCUUUUUUAUAUCAUGAUAUGAAGUUUGUAAAUUAGUAACAGAGAUCGGUCUUUAAUCACUUAUUCUGCUUUUUCUACACAUUUUCAGGAUUAAUAAUGCCAGUUUAACACUAUAUUUCAGUUCUACAUGUUUACUAUAACUUAAAGGUAUCAGUCAUUUUCUGACUCUUCAACAUGAUGUUUUAUCAAAUGAUUGCCCUUUGUGUCUGCUCCUGAAUCUCACUGUAAACCCUCUCUUUGACCGGCUGUAAAGGCCUUUACAAAUGCAUGUAUGUGUGUGUUUGUAGUGUAUCAUGUACCUGAGCUACAGACCAGCACCUCUGCUCCUCUAAUCCUCUCCAUCUAUCCUUCUCUCUGUCUCUGUCUCCAUCUAUCUGUUCACUUAUCAGUCCAUCUUUCAUCAGGUCAUCAUCUGCACCAUUUCGGCCUUCAAACACUCCCCACCCCCCAACCCCCACCACCACCACCACCCCACCCUACCCCACUCUCUGCUGA